UCUCGCUCACCCCCAAAAUGGGAACUGUAAUGGAACUAGAAGCUCCCAAACCCAAAAUCGAAGACGAAGACGACGUCUCCCCCGUCGAGCAAGUCCGGCUAACCGUGACUAACGACGAUGACCCAACGCUGCCUGUAUGGACCUUCCGAAUGUGGUUCCUAGGUCUCCUCUCAUGCGCCCUCCUCUCAUUUCUGAACCAGUUCUUCUCCUACAGAACCGAGCCCCUCAUCAUCACUCAAAUCACUGUCCAAGUUGCCACGCUCCCUAUAGGCCAUUUCAUGGCCAGAAUCCUCCCCACCACCAAGUUCCGGGUUCCCGGACUCGGGUCCGAGGUUUCCCUGAACCCGGGUCCGUUCAACAUCAAAGAGCAUGUGCUGAUCACCAUUUUCGCUAACGCCGGAAGUGCUUUCGGAUCUGGCUCGGCUUAUGCUGUAGGGAUUGUCAACAUCAUCAAGAAGUUUUACUUCCGGAAGAUCACUUUCCUCGCUAGUUGGCUGCUUAUUAUCACUACCCAGGUGUUGGGUUAUGGCUGGGCUGGACUGUUAAGAAAGUAUGUUGUGGAGCCAGCUCAUAUGUGGUGGCCGAGCACACUAGUUCAGGUCUCACUUUUCCGGACUUUGCACGAGAAAGAGGAGAAAGGUGACCAACGUAUUUCGCGGGCAAAGUUUUUCUUAAUUGCUCUAGUUUGCAGUUUUACAUGGUAUGUUGUCCCAGGGUAUCUCUUCACCACCCUCACAAACGUAUCAUGGGUUUGUUGGAUAUUCUCCAAGUCUGUAACAGCGCAGCAAAUUGGCUCAGGCAUGAGAGGGCUUGGAGUUGGAGCCAUUACACUUGACUGGACUGCAGUUGCAUCCUUCUUGUUUAGUCCCCUCAUCUGCCCUUUCUUCGCCAUUGCUAAUGUUUUUGCCGGCUACGCACUGAUAGUCUACAUUGUAAUCCCUAUAGCAUACUGGGGACUAGACUCGUAUGAUGCACAAAAGUUUCCCAUCUUUUCGUCGCACUUGUUCACUGCAGAAGGGCAACGCUACGACAUACCAGCUAUUGUCAAUGAAAAGUUUCAGUUAGAUUUAGAUAAGUAUAAAGAGCAGGGACAGAUUCACUUAAGCACGUUUUUUGCUCUGACUUAUGGCUUUGGUUUCGCCACAAUCGCUUCCACCCUUACACAUGUAGGGUUAUUCUAUGGGAGAGAGAUCAUGGAUCGCUAUCGAGCUUCGUACCAAGGGAAGGAUGACAUCCAUACUAGAUUGAUGAGAAAAUACAAGGACAUACCUUCAUGGUGGUUUUACGUGUUGCUCGCCGUUACAAUUACAGUUUCCCUUGCACUUUGUAUCUUCUUGAAUGAUCAGGUUCAGAUGCCAUGGUGGGGACUCCUGUUUGCUAGUGCCAUAGCCUUUACAUUCACCCUUCCUAUCAGCAUCAUAACAGCAACAACAAAUCAGACACCAGGACUAAACAUAAUAACUGAAUAUAUUAUGGGACUCAUAUUACCCGGACAUCCAAUAGCCAACGUAUGCUUCAAAACUUACGGCUAUAUGAGCAUGGCUCAAGCAGUCUCCUUCCUAAGUGAUUUCAAGCUCGGACAUUACAUGAAGAUCCCUCCAAGAUCAAUGUUCUUAGUUCAGUUCAUCGGAACAGUUCUUGCUGGAACUGUAAAUAUUGGGGUAGCAGAGUGGUUGCUGAACACUAUCACGAACAUAUGUGUGGAUGAUCCUAAUUCCGAUAGUCCUUGGACGUGCCCAGGUGACCGAGUCUUCUUCGAUGCAUCUGUAAUAUGGGGUUUGGCAGGACCAAGACGUAUAUUUGGAAGCCUCGGGAAAUAUAGCGCCAUGAACUGGUUCUUCCUUGGUGGUUUAAUAGGACCAGUUAUUGUGUGGCUACUACACAGGGCAUUCCCAAAGCAAACCUGGAUACGUCUCAUCAAUCUCCCAGUCCUCCUAGGAGCAACAGCUUACAUGCCACCAGCUACAGCAUUGAACUACAAUUCCUGGAUCGUAGUCGGAACUAUCUUCAACUUCUUCGUCUUCCGUUACAGGAAGCAGUGGUGGCAGAGGUACAAUUACGUUCUAUCAGCAGCAUUGGAUGCUGGGGUGGCUUUCAUGGCAGUUUUGAUUUACCUCUCAGUAGGGGUUGAGAACACAACUUUGACUUGGUGGGGAACAAGCGGUGAACACUGUGACUUGGCAGCUUGUCCAACAGCCAAGGGCAUAGUCGUCGAUGGCUGUCCGGUGUUCUAAUGCCCUAUCGUCUAUCUACAGUUACAUCACUUACAUGUGAAUUCCUCUUCCUUAUAGUUGCACAAUAUUACACAAUCACAUCAAAAUGA